ACAAAUAAUUACUAUGGAUGAUCGAACCAUUGACUCGAUAUUUGCUGGAUCACUGGAGUCGCUGCCUCCUGUUAGUUCUAAAAUUGUUCGUAUUUUUACUAGUUCUACAUUUACGGAUACAACGAUGGAACGUAAUUCGUUAAUGGCGAAAUGUUAUCCCCGCAUCAAAGACUAUUGUCGCGAAAAACAUGGUUUGGAAUUUCAGGUAGUGGAUAUGCGAUGGGGAGUGCGUGACGAGGCUACAGAUGAUCACAUGACAACUGAGCUGUGUAUGCGAGAAAUAAAAAAUUGCCAAAGGUUAUCUAUGGGUCCGAAUUUUGUGGUAUUUUUGGGUCAAAAAUAUGGAUAUCGACCAAUACCGACAUAUAUUGUUUCUUCAGAACUGCAACUGAUUUGCGAAGAAUUGACAUCAAUGGGCGUGGACCGUGCCCUAUUGGAUUUAUGGUAUAAAAAGGAUAGCAACGCUGUACCACCGGUGUCUGUACUUCAGCCAAUUUCUUCGAUAUUGAUUAAUUUUAAUAAUAAACGAGUACCUAAGCUACAGGCAGAAGAUCAGGCCAUCUGGUGGGAUACUUUGGGAAAAAUGCAAAAAUUGUUGAGAAAGGCAGCUGCUUCUCUUGGAGCUAGUGGUAAAAUGAGUAAAGACGCAGUACACAACUAUUUCAUGUCAGUAACUGAACGCGAGGUCAUAAAUGGCAUUUUGAAUGUCAAAAAUACAAAAAACCAUUGCCUUUCAUAUGUCCGUUAUAUUAACAAUAUUAACCUGCAGAAUUUGAAGAAGGCCUCUCUUUUUGUCGACAUUAUAAACCGAAGUUUGGAUACUGAAUCAGCAAAACUUUUAGCCGAUUUACGAGACAAUCGGUUGCCAGCAAAAAUUGAAUCCAGUAACUCCCAAAAAUAUACCGUAGAGUGGAUCGGCCGUGAAGGCCUUGAUAUCGAAACACAUGAGGAGUAUCUUAAUCAUUUUAUAUCACACUUUUAUAAAAAUAUUAUCAAAUUAGUUGAUAGAGCUAUGCGCAAGGAAGACUCCAGUGCACAGGGACAGAUAGUCACUGAAAUCCUUCAGCAUUUGCACGCUUGUAACAAUUCGGUUAAGGUCUUCUAUGGACGUGAGGAAAGUCUAGAACACAUCAAGCGUUAUAUGCUGGGGGAUUCAGAUAAACCACUUGUCCUUUAUGGCGAAGGAGGUUGUGGAAAAACAUCACUUUUGGCUAAAAGUGCUGCACUUGUAGCUACAGAAUGCACUUGUAGCUACAAAAGACCAAUAAAUAUAAUACGUUUUUUGGGAACAACCCCUGACUCGAGCGCAUUAACACCAACUCUAAUAUCGAUUUGCCAGCAGAUUUCCUACAAUUACAUGUUGCCUUUUGAAAAUAUUCCUGAUGACUUGGUACCUUUAACAGCACACUUUAAGCAAUUAUUAACUUAUGCUAGUGAAAAUCAGCCUUUGACGUUAUAUCUAGACUCGGUUGACCAACUAACUGGUACACAAGAUUCAAAUAGUGUUUCCUGGAUACCUACCCGGUUGCCAGUACACUGUAAGAUCAUAAUAUCAUGCGCAAAAGAAGAAAACAAUCCUGUUGUAUCCCAAGAAUAUCAUGUCUUGCGCAAAAUGAUUGAUGUGGAGGAGAAUUUCAUAGAGGUCACAGCAUUAGGUGAAGAUUUGGCGAUGAACGUCAUUAAAAUGUGGAUGAAAACAGCAUGUAGAGAUCUUAAUAAUUAUCAGUGGCGAUUAGUUGCAAAUGCGAUUAGCAAGUGUUCUUUACCAAUUUUCGUAAAGUUAGUGUUUGCCGAAAUAUGCCGUUGGCGCAGUUAUACUCGUCCUCAAGAAACCCACUUGGCUAACAACGUUAUGGACUCAAUUAUGAUGUUGUUCGAGAGAAUUGAGAAGCAGCAUGGUCGCAUCUUGGUAUUUCAUGCUUUAGCAUACAUUACAGCUUCGAAGUCGGGAUUGUCUGAAAGUGAGCUAGAAGAUUUGAUAUCGUUGGAUGAUAAAGUUUUAGACGAUGUUUAUCAAUACCACUUACCCCCCGUUAGACGGAUUCCCCCUUUGUUGUGGACACGUAUACGUAACGAUUUACCCAAUUACCUAAGCGAACGAGAGGCUGAUGGUGUCAAUGUAAUGAACUGGUAUCACAGGCAGUUUCGUGACACUGCAAAGGAGCGAUAUUUCAAAAACAUGAACAUGGCGAUGUAUUUCCAUUCUAUGAUUGCCGAUUAUUACUUGGGUAUAUGGGGCGGAGGAGUACCAAAGCCUUUUAAGUUUACGGAAAUACAAAGACAUCGUUUUGGUCUCACGGAAAAGGAGGGUUCAGCUGACCGUAAAGUACCAAUACAACCUUUGGUAUUUACAAGUAAAGACGGAAGUUCCAAAAGAUACAAUCUUAGAAAGUUUGGUGAACUUCCGUUUCAUUUUGUUCGAUCACGUCGAUUUAAGGAUCUGUUUGAACAUGUACUUUUUAAUUAUGAGUGGCUACAUGCAAAGCUUUCUAGUUGUCCACUACAAGCAGUUUUAGCUGAUUUUGAAGAUGCUUCAUCAAACACAGAAGACAAAGAAGCGAAGCGAGAGCUGAUGUUAGUAGCAGAUGCAUUGCGCUUGGGUGGAGCUAUUUUGGCUGUGUAUCCCAAUAUGUUGGCUCCUCAGCUAGUCGGACGACUUUUACCGGAAAUUGGAGGCAAUGCAAACAUAAAAAUGUUGUUGAGAGCAUGCGACCAUUGCGGUCCCAAAGACUGCGCACUAAUACCGGUCAACCAUUGUCUCCACACGCCAGGAGGACCCCUAAAGUAUUCCCUUGAAGGACAUCAAUUUGCAGUGUUUGCUUUUCGCUUAACCAGUGAUAUGCGCUACAUGGUAUCUAUAUCGACUCAUUUCAUAACAUUUGAUUUGUCAACGUCAGAUUUAACUCGAGAUGUUAACCCAGGAAUAGAGGGAAUAAUGCAACAACUAGUUUUAAGCCCUGAUAAUAAAUGGGCCGCUGCCUAUUCCAAUAACAAUCAAACUGUCCUGUUAAAUAUGCUUUCGAGUGAAUUUGUGAUUAUUAAUUCUCCAUUCGAAGAAUGCGAUGGACCGAUUAGCAGUCUGUAUUUGUUAAAUCAAUGUUUAUUCAUAAGUUGCAAACUGAAAUGGGCCCAAUUCGAUAUGCGCGGAAAUCUUGUGGAAAUAUUUGCAACACCUGGAAAUUGCAUUGGAUGGGAAAUUUUGCACAUAGAAUUUACAACGCCAGCUGAAUAUAAUCUCAUCUUUUGGUCUGGGUCAAUUAACGAGUCACGCUUACGUUUCGAUUCGCACAGAAACGAACUUUAUACAGCACCUCUUUAUUUUUUUAGUGCUCUAGCCCUUAAUAAAAAUCGAACACAAAUUUAUGGAUGCGCAAAUGAGGAUAAUUAUGAAGUUAGUGUUUAUCGAUUUGAGGAAUCGAAUGAUAAUUCGUCUAUUGAAUGGAUAUUAGAAAACAAGCUACCUCGCUUUGAAAACGAUGAAAAGGAAAUGUUACUCCAGCUGCGUUUAGAUCAACAAGAUCGCAUGCUUUUGGGAACAGCCGGAAAAGGCUUCGUAAUUUGGGAUUUUGGAGAUGCAGAUGGAAACCGAUUGAGCGAUAAAUCUAUGUAUCUAGCAUUGCCGCAUGGGGUGAGGAACAUCACCACCAAAAUAAUGGAAUCAAACUCCAUAAUGACCAGUUCAAAGCUGGACUAUGCAGUAGCGGGUGUCCGAAAAAACCUUUAUGUAUGGUGUUUGCACACCCUGCAACUAGUUAAAGUUUUAGAUGCUCACUUUGGCCGCAUCAUACAACUUGAAGCAUUAACUAUCGGAAAUUGGAAUAAUGUGGUCACUUCAUCGAUUGACCGCUCCGUCAAAGUAUGGAAUAUCAAUAACAUAUUCGAAAAAGUGCAUGUAAUAGAUCGACAUGAACUACAAAUUGAUAAUAUCAGUUUAUCUGAAGUAGAUUUGGCUGUAACAGUCACUCGAAGUUGUGUGGGAGUUUGGGAGACACGAACCGGAAGAUUAAUAACUAAAUUAGCGGAUAGCCCUUUGGGGGCCAUUGUGACACACGCUGAAAUAACACCCGAUGGACGGUACAUAAUUUCCUCCGAAACAGGCAAAUUUCUUAUAUGGAAUCGAGUUUCCGAGCAAGUUAUCUACCGUGACGACCAACCGGGAAUUCAACAAAUAACGUUUAUGGACUACGGUUAUAAAGUAAUGAUUGUUUCGUGUCCGAACAUAAAUCAAAAAGAAUUAAAAGAAGGAGAAGAUACAAAUCGUCUAAUGGCCACCACAACAGUAAGAACUGUUCCAGAGGGUUCCAUAUUAUUUCGAUUUGAAUAUCCUAUUCGAAUGAUCCCCGGAUUAUCUUUUCGCCAAGCAGUAAUAUCAGCCGAUGCCGCCUACAUAAUUGUAUGCACUGUAGACAAAAACAAUAAAGAUUGCCUUGCGGUCUAUAGUGCUACAAAUGGAACUUUCAUUUCAAAAGUUCUUUUGAAAAGCUGUUCUAUUAAGGAGGUAGUCUCAUUAGUACCUAUGCCGCACAAGGCCAGUCAAGUAGCUGUUAUAAAUAGUGAAAAGGGCAGUAUUAUGGAUAUAAAAACAAAGAAACAUAUACGUUCCAUACCAAAAUGGGGAGGCAGUAUCACAAAAGAUGGAAAGUACGGCAUAUAUGCCCCUUCUAGGGGAGGUCUAGAAAUGUUGGAACUACGUAAAGGAACUACCGUUAAAACAUUCAUACCUAAAGUGGCCGAGGGUGUAUUUUCAGUUAUAUGCAUUUUUACUGAAAGUGAUGAAUACGUUUGCUAUUAUCACAGUGGUCGCAAAACCAUACGAGUCUUUCGUACCUCAGAUACCGAAAUGAUUGCUAAUUACCGUUUACAAGCAGAAUUGACAGCCAUUAAGAGUACAAAAGACGGACGAUGUAUUGUUUUGGGCACAGUUGAUGGAUGCAUGUCAUCUUUAGCCAUUGUAGAUCCUAAAAAUGAUGGCAUGAUAGAAUGGUUGAAUGCGUUACCAUCAAGAGAUGAAAACUGGAAGGCGAAGCUGGCAAAAAUGAAGGCAAAAGUUGGCUUUAAAGCAGCUGUACGUGUCGCCACAAUAUCCUCCAGACUGGAUAAUCAAAAAUUCAAAAACAAAGAUUUGAAAGAUGAUGUCAAAGCUGACAACGAAAUGGAAAAUACAGAACUUAUAGGGGAAUAAAUAACACUGUGCUUGAAUUUAAUACUUAUUUUUUCUAUCAAUCUAGGCAACCUGCGGGUUAAACUAAUUCGAGUACGCUGAAAUUUCUAAGGACCAAUCUUUAGGUGAAAGAUUAGCGAUUAAAUUAAAAUUAAUCCUCAAAAGUUGUUUUUGAGUACUCAAUUAGUUAAUUUUGUUUGCAAGUUUAAGCGCCCAAUGGAGGCGG